UCCCUCCAUCACCCCUCCUCUUGACAGACCGCAGCCUGUUAGAUCUGACUAGAGUGCGUUCAUUGUUCAUUAACGCAGCAGCGGACAGCUUCCACACUAACACGGAUACACAACCAUUUGUUCUCCCUCAUCGCCUUUCCCGUCAGUUACCAUGGCGAGCACAGUAUCAGCCUACACAGAGAAGAUCAAGGAGAUGUCCAUGAUGUCUCUCAUCUGCUCCUGCCUAUACCCCCAGACAUCAUACCCCACCACCAACUACCAAUUUGGAGACCUGGAGGUGAAGCCCAUCAACAAGCGACUGUCGGGCCAGUCCUUUGAGGUGAUCCUGAAGUCCCCCACCGACCUGUCCCCAGACAGGCCCAGUCCCCUGGCCUCUCCCCCAGCCCUGACCUCGCCCCCCAAGAGGGACAUCUCCCUGGAUGAGCUGCAGAAGAGGCUGGAGGCCGCUGAGGAGAGGAGGAAGUCCCAGGAGGCUCAGGUGCUGAGGCAUUUGGCUGAGCGCAGGGAGCACGAGAAGGAGGUGCUGCACAAGGCCAUGGAAGAGAACAACAACUUCAGCAAGAUGGCGGAAGAGAAGCUCAACUCUAAAAUGGAGGCGAAGAAAGCGAACCGGGAGGCAUACCUGAACUCACUGAAGCAGCGGCUCCGUGAGAAGGAGAUGCAUGCAGCAGAAGUGCGCAGGAACAAGGAGCUGCAAGCAGACCUUUCUGGUUAAGAAGGCUUUACUGAAAGGAAUUCCCAUUUCCCAGCUUUUGCUCUACAUACUGCAAUCUCAUCUGUCAUUCAAUAGGGGAACAAGCUUACCUGCAAGAUAUCACAACUGUCAUAGUUCUUCAUCUCUCUACACAUCCCUACAGUAUAACGUUUUUCUUUCUCUCACUAAAACAUCAACACCACCAGCAUUUCAAACAGUAGAUUUUCACAUUUCUAAAUGGUUGGAAUAAAUUCUAAUGGCUGGAAUUUCAAAUGUGCUGAGCACGCCCACACACACAUGCACAGACACAAACAUACAUACAAUUCACACACUGACGCACGCAUAUAAACACAAACACUGACAUGCAUCGCUUUUUACAUAAAUGGCAUGGAUUGUUGAAGGGGAGUCUGUCUUGAUCUAACUGUGUAAUGGACUAAUAAAAUGCAAGUGUACUGGA